CUGUUGUUUUGCUGCCCACAACGAGACGCCCACAACAAGACGCCCACUCGACAACAGACACCUGCCGCACAACAAGAACAACAGCUCAGCAAACAUGUCACGCAAAGGACGCCAUCAGUGGUUCCGGGUGCUUGUGCACACCGCGGAUGCGACCCUCGAGUUCUCCAUCCAGCCCAAAACGACGGGGCAGGAGCUGUUUGACCUGGUCGUGCGCACCACCGGGCUGCGUGAAACAUGGUUCUUCGACCUCUGCUACGAAAACACCAAAGGAAGAAUGUCAUGGCUCAAGCGCGAAAAGAAGGUCUUGACUCAGGACGUGCCCCAUAUUCAACCUCUGCCCUUUCACUUCAAGGUCAAGUACUACCCAGAAGAUGUGACGACGGAAUUGAUUCAACCAGUAACACAGAACCUCUUCUAUCUUCACGUCAAGCAGAUGGUCCUGGACGAAGAGCUCUGGUGCAAAGCUGAGCACUGCGUUGUGCUUGCCUCAUUUGCCGUCCAAGCAACUUUUGGAGACUACGACCCAGAGCUGUGCCCACCCGGAUUCCUGCACGAUAUGCGGCUGCUGCCAGAGCGCAUUCUCAACCAGUACCAGAUGACGCCUGAAAUGUGGGAGGAGCGCAUUGUCGAGUGCUACAAAAACUAUCGCAACAUGUUCCCAGAGGAGGCAAAGAUGAAGUACCUUGCCUUUGCUCAGGACUUUGAGAUGUACGGCGUCAACUACUUCCCAAUCAAGAACAAACGCGGCACGCUGCUUUGGCUUGGUGUCGAUGCACUUGGGUUGAACAUUUACAAGUCAAACGACAAGCUCACCCCGAGCAUCUCGUUUCCCUGGAGUGAGAUCAAGACGGUUUCUUACAACGACCGCAAGUUUGUGAUCAAACCACUGGACAAGCAUGCUGUGGAUCUUGUCUUCUUUUCCACAGAUCCAAGCGUCAACAAGACCAUCCUGCAACUGUGCAUUGGAAACCACGAGCUCUACCUCAAGCGGCGAGAGCCGGACUCGAUCGAGGUGCAGCAGAUGCGGGCGGAGGCCGCGGAGCGGCGCGAGCGCAUGGACAAGGACCGCGGCAGACUCAUCCGCGAGAUGCAGAGCCGAAAGCUGGCGGAGAGAGAAAAGGAUAAAAUGUCCAUCAAAUUGAAGCGCGCAGAGCGCAAGGCUGCGCAAACGAAGCAGGACCUCUCACGCAUGCGGGAGGCGGCGCAAAUCCUGAGCGAGAAGGUGGAGAUGGCGGAGGUGGAAACAGGCUUGCUGCUGGCGAAAGCACAGGAGGCCGAGACCACGCUGCAGCAGAUGUUGCACGAGAAGGAGAGGACGGAGCAGGAGAAGCAGGAUCUGGUGCGUCAGGCCCGCGACGCAAAGGAGUCGGCUCAAAGGUGCAUGCUGAACCAUUCGUGCUGCGACACGUGUCUGCGUUGGCGAUGUUGUGUUGCAGGGUCACCGCCGCGUGAGACGGAGCCGCGUCCGCACCCGCAGCCGCCGCAGCGCCACGACUCGCGCCUGGAGGCCGCCAUCAAGAACAUCUCCAUGGACCUGGAGGGGCUGCAGAUUGCGGAUCGCAAGACCACGGAGGACCAAAUUCACGAGCAGAAUGCGGCAACGGGCGAAACAAAAUACGACACCCUCUCACGCAUUACGCGUGGGUCCGCCAAGUCCCGCAUCACAUUCUUCGAGGAGCUGUAGCCGCUCCCGAAAGAGAAGGAUGAGAGAUGGAGGAUGCAAGCAAGAAGAAGAAAGGCAGGGCGAGAAGGGGACGCGUGACUCCUGGUUUGUGUGUUGCUGUGUUCAUGAACUUGCUCGCCUCACGUGUGAGUGAGUGAGUGUGUGUGUGAUAUCUCAAGUCAGACAAAGAGUGUUGUGCACUGUGCCCUUUAUCCCCCUCUUUCACUCAUCUUUGGCUGUUGUGCACGUGGCAGCACUCGCAAAAGCUCAUAAAACGCGCGCCAUGAACGUGCUGUCGAG